CAAAGCCAUGUCACAUUUUCUGUCAGUUUCGAGCGUCAUCUGUGUUGUUCUGCUAUUGGUCCUUCAGAACCGUACAGGCAAACCACCAAACUAAAAGUCCCAUUUUUCUCCAGAAUGUGCCGGGAAAUGAAGCCCAGAUAGUUUUGGUGAAGAAACCUGAACAGCAAACCGCUGAACCACCAACACACCUCUGAUGUAAAACUACUAAACGUUUUAAAAGCUGUGGUUUGUUAAAUGAUGAAGGAAGAACCAACAGGCUGCUCCACUUUGUUCUGAAGCUGGGUCCAUUGCUUCCACCUGUUCCUAGUACGUCAUUUAGGAAGGGAGCUUUGAUUGGCUGUGAGAACAAACUAAAUCCCUGGACGGCCCCCCUCUCAGUAACGCUUCAGAGGACAGAGAGGAAGCGUUGGCUGUGGUGGGAAAACCAUGAGACUUCCUUUAUGUGCUGUGCUGUUGUGGCUGUUCUCUGAAGAGCUUCAAGCUUCGCCUGUGAAACCUUCCUUUCAAAGCGGCUCUAAAAAUGUGGAUGUAAGUAAGCCUCAGCAAGUCUCCAGUUACCACGCCCAGUUUCCACACUUUCAGCCAGAACACCGCGCCAAAACCCGGCACAAGAUCAAGGUGGUGCGCUAUAGGCUGGAUCCUUGGUCCCAAAUAUGGCUGAAGUCUGAAGUAGAGUCUUACCACGUGGACCCUGACUCCCAUGUACCUGGCCACCAGCUUGAGCCCCAGCAACAAGCUCAAGCAAUUCGCCAUCAAGCUGCUCCUCAGUUUCAGGCUCAACGGCAGAUUCAGCCUAACGAGGGGACCAACCAAGGUGGCUCCAAGAGUAGGUCACUGGUGGUGGAAUCCGAUUGGGGGCAAUUCCCCUUUCAGCCUCAAAAAAGGCCUUACGUGGCAGAACCCCAGAAUCCGGAUCAGUUGUUCUCAUACCAGACAGAGCCUCAAAACCCGAAGGAAUCACUCCAACCAGCACCUCACAUUUUGGUUCAAAGGGCUCCCUACCAACUUGAACCAAUGACUCAGACCAAGGAGCUGUUCUACCUAAAUAAACAUCUGUCCCAAAUGGCGUCUAUCCAGGCUGAGCCCCAGAUUCAGGUCCAAGGAAAGCCCAACCAAAUAAAGACCCAGACACAAGUCCAGGGACAGUCCUAUGAAGUGGCACCUCAAACAAAAUUAAUAUCCUUCCAGACUGACCCCCAGAGUCAAGUCCACGGGUUAUCCUACCAGGCACAGCUCCAGUCUCAAGGGGGUUCCUUCCACACAGAGCCCAAAAUUCAAGACCAAGUCCUUCCAUACCAGGGAGAUCACCAGAUGGCCACCCAAGGAAUGUCCUACCAGGAAGAUCCUCAGUCCCAGAUGACCUCCUGCCAAGCUGAACCUGAGAUUCAGACUAAGGGGGCGAUAUACCAGGUAGAGCCUCAGUCCCAGGUGGCAUCUUUGCAGAUGGAGCCCCACUUUCAAGCCCAAGACUUGCUUUACCAGGCAGAGCACCAGACGCCGGCAGCCCGAGAGGUGUCUUACAAGAUCCAGAGCUUGUUGUGGCACCAACAGUCUCUAAGAAUAAAGGCCCUUCAGCUCCCCCACACUCUGCUGAGUUCCACUUCAGCCGGUUGGAGGUUGUUUUUUCUGUUCUUUGGCUUAAAGCUCGAGGAUCAGAGCUUUGGCUGCUCUCAUCGGCUCACCAAGAGACCCCGAUCAGGGCUGGAUCCCAGUGAAGGUUUGCUUCCCCUCUUUGGGCUCCACAGGACUCGGAAAAUAAAAUGUUGUGCCAAGCAUCUUGUUCUCUGAACGAUGUGCUGUUUUUAAUCUUCCCACUAGAUGGCAGCAUUUGACCCAAUUUGAGGUUAGUUCAGUCAGCAGCUGAGCUGUUGCAGUUGAUUUGGAUGGAUUACAAAAACAAAAGUUCUUUUCCUGAAGUGGGGAACCUCAUCCAGAUGGAGUAAUGACUGCAUGUUACCGAAACCCGGUGUCUGGCCCUGUGGAUCCUUUGUUUGCCCAAAGAACAGACUGUCAAGGAGAAGUUGAUGCCCUCGAAGCCAGAUGGGCUGUCAUGUGCAUCAUUUUGAACAAUGUCUCAGAUUUUCUCUGCACUCAGUUAACCUGAACAUUAAAACUAAUAAAAGUUUUCUACUUGCUCAAAA